GGCAGCUGCUGUCCUCUCCCUCUCCCUCGCCUCACGCUGCGCUCGCCCUAUCUGUCCCUCUCCCUCUCUCUCGUCUGCUCCUGCUCGCUGUAUCUCCCUCCCGCACAAACGCGCACACUCGCACAGAGAGAGCAGCGGUCCAAGGCAACCACAUCACAUCAGCCUCAUUGGGUCUGGGACCAUUCCCAGCGCAAUUUUCUCACGGAGGAUACCUGAUCCAGCCUUCGCCGACAGGGUUAUCGGUGUCCUUUCGCCGGUGAUGGUGUGACAGGCACAUCCUUCACGCCCCAAACUUCCCGAGGGGGAGUCACAGAGGAUUAGCUGCUGGAUGAUGCGUCAGGAGAAAGACAAGGUUCUGUUUAUCUGCUGUCCACGUGUCACCCCGAGCAACUGAGAAGGCCCAAACUGUCAGCACCAGCAACGGCACCACCGGCCCGGUGACUGCUCCACUGCCUGUCAGCGCUAAGUGAUGACUCUCAGCCUACCCCUUUAGGAAUAAGAAAAGGACAAGGCAGUCAAGUGGCUGGACUAUGAUUCUAAAAGAUGACACUGGUGUCGUUGGUUGGACAUGGCGUGUUGGGAACUACCUGCUGCUCUUCUUGUCUCUCACCAUAGUUCAAGUGCAUUCAGACCUGGAGUUUACAAAGGAUAAACACUAUUCAUGGAAAACAGGCCAGUGGGGGAGAUGUAUGGGCGUCGAGUGUGGCUCUGGCGGAGUUCAGACGAGGACGGUGUGGUGCGUCCACAGCGAGGGCUGGACCACGCACCAUUCCAACUGCCGGCACGGCGACCGGCCCGAGGGCCAGCGCCACUGCUUUAAAGUUUGCGAGUGGCACCAGGACCUCUUCGAGUGGGAGGUGUCGGAAUGGGGGCCGUGCGUCCUCGUUCCCUUCCUCUCCAACGAGCUGCGCCUGCGCGCCGUCUCCUGCAUCACGGCGCAGCACGGCAUCCAGCGGCGCCGCGUCCAGUGCGUACGCACGUCCAACCGCACCGUGGUGACGGAGCGCAUCUGCGAUUUCUUCUCCCACCGGCCGGCGCUGGAGCAGGCCUGCCUCAUCCCCUGCCCGCACGACUGUGUGGUGUCCGACUUCUCCGCCUGGUCCGGCUGCAGCAAGACCUGCGGCGUAGGGCUGCAGCACCGGACUCGCGUGGUCCUGGCCACGCCCAUGUACGGCGGGGCCAACUGCCCCAACCUCACCCAAACGCGGACCUGCUCCAACCCUGUCCCUUGCCCCACGGGCGAGAAUGAGUACGAGUACAGCCUUAAGGUGGGGCCAUGGAGUGAAUGCCGACCGCCGCAGCACAAGGGCCUCUGGCUCAGUGGCCGCACCAUGCUGGACUUCAGCGUCCCCUCGGGCUCUGAGAAGGAGAAGAAUGCGGUCAAGCGUCACAUCCAGACUGCCCUGCACCACCACCACCGCCACCACCACAACCCCAAAGCCUGGGACCUGGAGAUCGGCUACCAGACAAGGCAGGUCCGCUGCACCCGGAGCGACGGCAGAAAUGCCAUGCUAAGCCUUUGUACACAAGACAACAGCCCUGGGACAUUUCAGUCAUGCAUAAUGCCCAAAGAUUGUGAGACGUCGGACUGGUCCCCUUGGAGCCCUUGUUCAAAAACUUGUCGGGCAUUGGACCUCUCGCCCGGCUACAGGUUUAGGACUCGCAGCAGGAUCCAAGCCCCCAUCGGCGGGGGCAAAGAGUGUCUGGCCCUCGAGGAAAAAGAAGCCUGUAACAUCAUUGGAGAUUUACUUCCUCAUUGUCCCAGGUAUGUUUGGAAAAGCACAGACUGGGGAGACUGCCGAGUCGCCCCGCUCCUGAGCCAGCAGGACAGACGGUUGCACAACGUCAGCAUUCUCUGUGGGGGAGGCGUCCAGACCAGGGAGACCUACUGCAUCCAGGUCCCAGACGACUUUGUCCCACUGCACAGGAAAGAGGUGUCACGACCAGUGAGCAGGAAGCUGUGUGCCGGAGACUUGCCUGCAGCUGUGCAGCCCUGCUCCAUCCCUUGCCCCAAGCAGUGCUCCCUUUCUGCCUGGUCAUCCUGGGGGCCCUGCGUACAUGACAACUGCAUGGAGCCUCAGGGAAAAAAAGGCUUCAGGCAGCGCAGCAGGCAGGUGUUGGCUGAGGCAGGCAGUGAGUCGGACGGCUGCCCGCACCUCUUGGAGUCCAUGCCCUGCGAGGACCCCGUGUGCUUCCAGUGGCGCGUGACCUCCGAGGGCGUCUGCAUCCCCACCGAGGGAGCCUGUGGCCCGGGCGUCGCCAACCAGACCGUCGUCUGCGUCAGCGCUGAGGGCAGGCCCGUACCUGGGGAGCUGUGCUCCGACGAGCCCCCGCCCGCCCAGGUGGCCUGCGAGGGGGCCUGCGCCGGCGGCUGCGUGGUGGGCUCCUGGUCGCCGUGGUCCCUGUGCUCCCACUCCUGCUCGUCCAAAACCGCCGAGGGCAGGCAGAGUCGCACGCGCACCAUCCUGGCGCUGCCCGGCGAAGGUGGGAAAGCGUGUCCGGCCGCCACUGCCUUGGAGGAGUGGAGGUCAUGCAAUGACCAUCCAUGCAUCGUGUUCUACUGGGAGGCCUCGCCCUGGGAGCCCUGUGUCGAGGACCCGUCAGCCGGCGCCAACGGAACCAGCACCAGCCAGUGGAACGGCACCGCCUCGUGUGCCACAGCGGGGACCCAGACACGCACGGUCACCUGCAUGAAAAUGAACGUGGGACCAGUGAUCCCUAAGAGGUGUCCAGACUCUGCCCGUCCCGACACUGUCCAGCCCUGUCUGCUACCCUGUAAGACGGACUGCAGGGUGACUCCCUUCAGUGAAUGGACAGCCUGUCCUUCAACUUGUCUGCCAGUCAAUGCUAGCAUACCUACACAGUCACGAUACAGGACCACAAUCCAGAGGUCGGCCAAUGGUGGACAAGAGUGUCCUGACACUCUGUAUGAAGAGAGGGAAUGCGAGGCUCUGCCUGUUUGUCCAUCCUUCAGAUGGAGGACGCAUAAGUGGCACCCUUGUACUCUGGUACCAGAUGCUGUCAGACAGGGGAUAACAGGACCAGGAGAAGCAUGCGGGAAAGGGCUUGAAGUGCGAGGGGUGAGCUGUGUGGGUGAGGACGAGGAGCCGGCGGCCAUCGGCGACUGCCUGCUCUGGGCCGGCGCCAUGCCCCAGCGCUUCAGGCCCUGCUGGGAGCCCUGCAAGGACGACUGUGCCUUCAGCGCCUGGUCCAAGUUCUCCGAGUGCACGGGCUGCGGCGGCCUGCGCAGCCGCAAGCGCUCCCUCACCGGCCGGAGUAGGAAGAGGCCCCGCUGCCAGAGAGAGGACCUCUACCCGCUGGCCGAGACCGAGGAGUGCCCCUGCGACGCCCUCUUGUCGCAGCCCUACGGCAAUUGGUCGUCCUGCAUCCUGCCGGAGAUGGCGACAGCCGGCUCCCGUCACGGCUGGCAGGCCCGCCGCGACGCCAAGGAGUGUGGCCAGGGCCUCCGCUUCCGAGCCGUGGCCUGCAUGGAUCAGAGCGACCACCUGGUCAGCCCGGAUCUGUGCAGCGAGUCAGGCUUCGUGGAGGAGGUGUGCCACAUCCCGUGCCCGCUGGACUGCAAGCUCAGCGACUGGUCGCCCUGGUCCCCCUGCAGCACCUCCUGCGGCAGCGGGCUGAAGGUCAGGUCCAAGUGGCUACGGGAGAAGCCCUUCAACGGCGGCCGGCCUUGCCCCAAGCUGGACCUGAAGAAUCAGGCUCAGGUGUAUGAGGCUGUGCCGUGUCACAGCGAGUGCAGUGACUACGUGUGGAUCACCGAGGCCUGGUCAGUCUGCACCAUCAACGCCGUGGACGAGCUCCCAGCCUGCGGAGAGGGGGUGCAGAGCCGCAAGAUCAGAUGUGUGGAGCGCGGGAGCGAAGGCUACGGCACCAGCGUGAACGACACCCUGUGCGAUGCGGAGGAGAUGCCCUUCCGAGCGCGGACCUGCAUCCUGCCCUGCGCGGGCGAAUGCGUGAUGUCACACUGGGGCCCGUGGAGCGAGUGCCCCACGCCAUGUGACCAGGACACAAUGAGGAAGAGGACGAGGCACAUACUUCGUCCCCCUGCGUCCGACCAGACAUGCCCGGAGGAUGAGCAGACCGAGCCAUGUGUCCUCAAUGCCACAUGUUUCACCUACCAAUACAACGUCUCAAACUGGAGUACAUGUCAGCUGAGUGAGAAUGCCGUCUGUGGCAAAGGCACCAGGACCCGCUUCCAAGACUGCGUCCGCAGCGACGGGAAGACAGUGGAGCUGAGUGUGUGCGAGGAGCGAGGCCUGGAGAAUGAGUGGGAACUGAUUGCCAGCUGUGUCAUCGACUGCCCCAUCAGCUGCAUCCUGUCAGAGUGGUCAGCCUGGACAGAGUGCUCGCACACGUGCGGGAACCAAGGUCAGAUGGUGCGAGCACGGAGCGUGCUCCAGCCGGCCCAUGAGGAGGGUCGUCCCUGCCCCUCCCAGCUCUCCCAGACCAAGCCCUGCCCCAUCAGGCCCUGCUACACCUGGCACCUUGGCGAGUGGUCUCCCUGCCGCGUGGAGGGUGCCGAGUGCGGAGAGGGCCUCCGGGUGAGGAACCUUUCCUGCAUGGUGCACUGGGGAGACUGGCUGGACGCCUCCUCGCCCAAGCCGGUGGAGGACGAGAGGUGCGGCGACCGGCUGAGCAAAGAGAGCGAGCAGGAGCUGCAGCUGCCCUGCUUCGUGCCCUGCCCAGGUGACUGCCAUCUGACGGAGUGGUCCUCGUGGAGCUCAUGUCAGCUGACCUGCCUGGAGGGCCGGAGCUUCGAGACGGUCGGCCGGCAGGCGCGCUCCCGGGCCGUGGUCAUCCAGGUCCUGGAGAACCAGGAAAGCUGCCCACACCAGGUGUUUGAGACACGGCCCUGCAAAGGGGGAAAGUGCCACAGCUACGAGUGGAGGACCAGCGGAUGGAGAGACAAUGAGCGGUCGGUGUGGUGCCAGCGUUCCGACGGCGUCAAUGUCACAGGAGGGUGCUUCCCACAGAACCGGCCCACGACUGUGAGACACUGCCACCCCCCCUGCACCAAACCCUUCUCCCACUGCACACAGAGUGGCGUGUGCGGCUGCGAGAGGGGCUACACCGAGGUGAUGACCACUCACGGUUUCCUGGACUACUGCACCAAGACCCCGGGGGCCGUCAACAAGAAGGCCGACGUCAAGACCAACUCGGGCCGACUGAAGCCCGGACCCUCGCAGAUCCAAGACUUCUUUGGCGAGUGGUCCCUGCGGCCGGUGGGACCAGAUGGAAGAAUCAAACUCUGGGUGUAUGGGGUGACCGCCGGUGGAUUCCUCCUCAUUUUGCUAAUCAUAUCAAUCUCCUUUUUGUUUUGCAGCCCCCCCAAACAGACUAAAAGCACUUGCCCACCACAGAAGCCUCUCACGCUUGCCUAUGACGGCGAUGUGGAUAUGUGACCAGCGUGCCACCCUGAGCCCGGUCACCCCGCCAGAAGACAUGGUUUCAAACAUCACCUCUUCACACAGCCCCGCUGAGUCGCUCAGAACAGCAGGGAAAGACAUGCUGAACAAGAUUCUUGGGGGGGGGGGUUGGAAAACACGUUCCCCUUCCCUCUCACAUCAAAAGGAAUGUCAACGUCAACCAAACUUCUAUGUGCUGGGGUUAGACGUCAGUGUCCAAGGACACAAAGCGAGACGUUUCGGAUCAAGGAACUACAUGUGUUGUCAUGACAUUCAAAAAGGGUAACCAAAACCCUACAAAGUGGCAUUCCAUGCGCCAAUGGAAUAUGAUGACAUUUUCCUGAGGUGAUUUUUUUUUUUUGUUUGUUUCUUUAACCUUGACAGAAAAUAACAGUGGUUGGGGAAAAAACAACAACGGAGGCAUUUUGAGAGGUCACUGAUGUGUUGUCAGUAUGUUGUGUGUCAUGGCCAGCUGCAAAUGACUCUUGGUCCGUCAGAAAAAAAAAGCGCUAUGCACUAUAUUAGUGCUUAUCUGUUUGUUCUCUUUUUAUUUUAUUUUGUUUUUGAAAUAAAAAUAACAAAAAAAAGUUUUCUAGUGUUUUCAUUGUGCUGCAAGAAUUUUGCUGUAAAAAUUGUGUUUUCAUUGAUAAUGUCAUUGGAUGUACAUGUGCUUAUCAGAUAGGAAACCAAAAUGAAAUCAGCACGGACUAAAUGUGAAUGGAAUCGUGGCUCCCUUGGUCCAUCAAACAGGCUUUACAUUUCUCAGCACUCACAAUUUGCACCCAUGAACUGCAAGUGUCAAGUCUGCUCUCCCAAAAACCAGCAAGUUUACUUUUCUUUUGUUACAAUACCCACCAUGAAUGUGCAAUGUAGUAUUGGAUAUGUGACUGCAUACAUGCCCAAGAUUGAGAGUUUGAGAGACUAGAACUGCCAUUGAUAUUGUGAUUGUGUGCAUGAGCAAUCUUUGGGGAAACUACUUCUGUCCAUGAAAAGAAUGCUGGGAGCCGAUGAAGCUUUGUUCAAGUGUUGAUUUGUACGUUUAAGUUCCUUCAGUUGUUUAUUUAUUUGUCAACAUGUUUUGUAAUCAGCCAGCCUUACUCUUAUCCGUAGAGUGGUGUCUGGCUUAUGUUCAGAGCAGCCCACUCCGCCAGUCCUGCCACGUUUGUUACCCGACGGAUCAGAGUGUAAAUGUCUCUUAACUCUCCAGUCUGUAGACAGCUGUUUGUCCUGAUGCACAACUGGAAAAUAGCUUUCCAGGUCAGAGUUUUGCUUCGUGGCCCCUGCAGCGGUUGGUUGAGCCCCAGAAUGUGAAAUCAUGUUGUAGUGCUGUAUUUCCUGUAAAUUGUCACUGUGUGGACUCAGAUGAUAAGCACUGUAUAUAAGCACUAAUACAGGAGGACACUGGAGCUUCAUUACACAUAAUUUGAAAUAAGUUGAAUGUAUAAAUAGUGUGACUAUUUAUUGAUUUGUUAUUUAUUUAUUGAGCUAUUUAUUUGUGUGUUUGUUUGUUUGUUUGUAUGUAUGUAUGUAUGGGUGGGUGAUUGAACUUAUAAUUAUCAUUCAGGGCUACCUUUUUAAAGGUGCAGGUGUAUGUUUUUGUUGUGGAAAACUAACCACUACAUUUACGAUCUUACUUUGAAGCUGUCAUUGAAAGACCAAAUUUACCAACGUUUCUGUGGAUCCAUUUUAUUUCUUAUUUUAUUAUUUUUUUGUAUGUGUUAGUGUAUCCUUACAUUUGUUUAAUUAUGUUUAAAUAUUUAUUUGGAAAACAUUUUGAACUCCAAAAACAAUCAAAAUAUUUGGGUGGCAUUACAUACUUAUUGUUGAUAUCAACAGUAUUUACAUGAAUAGAUAUUUGGAGGCAACCAUGUCAGAACUUCUGUAUAUGGGUGGAGUUGUUUAGCAUUUGUCAUGCAGUUGAAACAUUCCAAAACCAAUCCAUUGCCUCAAAGAAGAGCAGUACAGCAAACACAGAAGUGUUUCUGAAGUGGUAGGAUUUGAAAAGGGGUCCCAACCUUGCUUGUUUUGCCAACAAUACCAAUAUCCAGGUUGCCAAUAGCAACAUUUAGAUGAGUUGUCUCAAGAUGGUUUACCCAGGUCAUAAAAUACUGGGGUCAUUUCUGUUCACAGUGACAAAUGUUCAAUGUUUGUCCAUUUAAUUUAAAUUGUUUGCAACUUCAAAAUGCACCUCUAAUUCAUGCAUAUUUUGACCCAUUUUGCAAAGACAUUGUUGAGGGAGUACCAAAUCAUCUACCAAUGUAAAAAAAAAUAAUGCUCUCAUUUAACAGUGAUGAUCAGUAUACUAGUAUUUCUUCAUAUGGUUGCAUUUUCCCAAGGCUUAAGUCUAGUGGUUUGGGUUGGAGCCAUUUGGUAGUGAAGACAUGAGAGGACCACAGAAAUGUACAGUGAGUGAUUUAAGGUUAUUUUUUUGUUCCAAUUGACAUUAUGGCAAAAUGGCAAUAUAUACUAAAACAUCCAACUGUGCAUAUGCAUGCUUGAAUCUUAUUGUCUGAAACAUAAAAUUAUCCAAAAGUGGCCUUGCAUUUAUCGUUUAUACUUGUGCAUUUUUAAGAAGUGUUCUUCAGUGACCAUUAAGGAGUCAUUUGCCCCCUCAGACUUCUCUAGGUUUACAUUGCUUCUUCACAGUUGUUAAAUAUGCUCUCAACAAUAUCCAGUGGCCUGGAAGAAAAACAUUGGACUUUUGUUUACAUUGUAAUUUCUGUUAUAUUUGUGUGUAUUUCAAGAGUUGGACGAAAAUGCUAAUAAAUUGUGAUACUCUG